UUAAUAAAAUCUAUAAUUCAUUUGAGAACAUUACACACAUCAUAAUCUCAGGGAGGGAUAUCAUUUCAAUACAAGCAACUUCGUAAGGAAAAUUAAUUCAUUUAAAGAUGAUAAUUUUUUUUACAACUAUUUUUGAAAACUAAUUAUCCUUUUUUUUUUUUUUUUUUUUUUUUUUUUUUUUUUUUGUCUAAAAUUGGCAGUAAAAUAUCAUUUUCUGGGUUGGCAAAAUGUAACAACUACUCAAAUAGAUUUUAAAAAUACAGUCCGUUGUCCAGUCUCUGUCUCAUUCAGUCAUGUGCUGCUCGGCUCCCACCCUUUCUCCCUCGAAUCUUCUUCUCAUGCUUCUCCACUCUCUCCCCAUUUUCUCUCUUCUUCGUCAAAUCACUCAUUAAUUCUGCAUUAUUUGAUGCUUGGAGAUCGUUCUUCAGCUUCUAAACUGUUGUGCUUUGCAUUAUAAAUUGAGCUUUGAGGCUAAGAAGAUUUCCAGGUUGUAAUAGUUUGUUGUUUAUUCAGCUUGAUUUUUGGAUUAAUGGGUAUGUGGGGUUUGAGGGUUUUGAUGCAAUUUUGAGUUGAAUGAUGGAGGUCGAAUGAAUCUAUAGAAAAUUGGAAUUUAGGGUAAUUUGGAAUCUAUGGUUUUGGUAAUGUGUAAUUCCGAGGAGUGUUUUUGUGAUCUUUUAAGACCAUGAACAUUUUCAGUAGUGGUUCAUCUAUUAGUAGGAGUACAUCUACAAAUAGGAAGAAUGCCACUGCUAUUGGUAGUCCAAAAGUGUUUCUCCAUAAAGAUAAGUCAGACAACUCCAAUGGACUUCGCCGAGAUAGCUUGAUCCCUCGGAAUUUGUGUUUUCUCUUCAUUACUGGACCAUUGAUCACCUUUUACUUAUGUUUAUCUUUUGGGUAUUUCAAUAUUUUUCCCGAUUUGGGGUUGGUAUUUCAUAAGUAUGGAGCUUCAUCGAGUAAUUGUGAUGUCUUUGAUGGGAGUUGGGUAUCGGACUACAACUAUCCUUUGUACAAUUCUUCUGAGUGUCCUUUUGUGGAACAAGGUUUCAAUUGCUUGGGCAAUGGGAGGAAGAAUAAAAAAUACCUUAGAUGGAGAUGGAAGCCCAAAGAUUGUGACAUCCCUGCUUUUAAUGCAUCUAACAUAUUGGAAAGGCUUCGAGGUAAAAGGGUUGUUUUUGUGGGAGAUUCUAUGAGUCGGACACAAUGGGAGUCUUUUAUAUGCCUGCUUAUGACAGGAGUGGAGGACAAAAAGAGUGUUUACGAAGUGAAAGGAAGGAACAUAACGAAAACCACAAGACACUUGGCUGUUCGCUUUCGUUCCUUUAAUUUAUCUGUGGAGUUUUACCGGUCUGUUUUCUUGGUUCAACCUGGUAUUGCAACAAAGCAUUCUCCAAAGAGAGUGAAGUCAACACUCAAGCUUGACAAAAUGGAUGCCAUUAGUAAGGAAUGGGUUAAUUCAGAUGCAAUAAUAUUCAACUCGGGACAUUGGUGGAUACCGUCAAAGUUAUAUGAAACGGGUUGCUAUUUUCAGUUAGGUGGUUCACUGAAGCUUGGGAUGUCAAUACCUUCGGCCUUUAAAACAGCUAUGGCCACCUGGGCUUCGUGGGUGGAAGCUUCAGUAGAUUCAAAGAGAACACGUGUUUACUUUCGUACUUUUGAGCCAUCUCACUGGAGUAUCCAAUCCAGCGCACAUUGCACAGUGAUGCAAUUUCCAGAAUCAGAUUAUGAUUUUAAGCAUCAGAGCCCAUUCUCAGAUGUGGUAAUCGAUAUAGUGAAGAAGAUGAGAUUUCCUGUUAAAAUGUUGCGUAUCACUUCCAUGUCUGCUUCUAGGGGUGAUGCACAUGUAGGCAACUGGAGUGACCGUAAAUCUUUUGCUGAUUGUAGCCACUGGUGUCUGCCUGGGGUUCCUGACUUUUGGAAUGAAAUUCUGUUGUCUGACCUUUUCUCUGACAAGAAUGACUGAAAUGAGAAAGUUCAAGUUGGAUUCUUCGACUUACGUACUCCAUUAUACAUUACUUGUCCUCUAUUUGAUAGGACAGGUACACAUUGGAGAAGUUGCGGCGUUUGUAUCAGUACAGAGAUGUUCUGCUAAAGAGACUGCCCUUUGGCCUUCACUACAGAUUUUUCCUUCCACGAUUUGCAGUAUGAAGAAGAGCUGUAAAUGAAGCCUUGGGAGGUUCAAGGUUAUAUUCUUUCAAUCACCUUUGAUCAAUUGUUGUAUGUAGAAAAUAUGAAUAGUUGUUCAUUAUAGAACAUAUAAGUUGCAAAAUUGUACAUACCUUUUCUCUUCCAAUAUCUUCGGGCUACUUGGUUCCA